AGUCUUUUUAGCGGAUAAGAAAAGAUUUCAAUCUUUUUGGUUCGUGUGGUAGACUGCUCUUAACUGUACAGAAAAAUCGAAGAAAAAAGCGGAUAGGAAAAUAUCUCAAUUUUUUUGUUCGUAUGAUAGACUGUUCUUAACUGUGCAGAAAAAUCGCUUGUGUGGCAGUUUGAAACUGAUCAAGUAGAUGGCUGGCGUUAGACCCUUAACGGAGGAGGAAAAGGAACUUAUAUCAUUAUUUGGCAAACCUGAUACCGUAUACUAUUAUCUUCAAGCUUUCACACGAGACAGGCCACGUUUGCUUCCAAGAUGUUUGAGCUACAAAAUACAAGCGAGGAAAAAUAAGAUGGCAAAUCCAGGUGGAGUAUCAAUUUUUAACUUUAUGAAUUGUAAUAACAUAAUACUGAAAUCCCAAGUUGUGAAAAAGACUUCUUGCCCAUUUUGCCCAAUGAAAUGUGGAAGCCUCAAGGGCGUGAAACAUCAUUUGACAUCAUCGCAUGAUUUAUAUGACUUUAACUUUCGGUUGUCGGAGAAUGGUCAUCGGAAUUUUGAUGUGUCCGUGAAACCUGAUGCAUUCGAAAAUGGGAUACUAUAUAAUGAUUUAGAGAGGCACCAUCUUGUUAAUUACACCUGUUAUCGCUUGAAAUCCCGUAUGCGAGGCCAAGUAUAUGGUCCUAAGCGACGUAAAUUUUGUGAGAUUUUUGAGAAGUAUUCAGACGAAGUCCCUCGUGACAAAGCAAAUGAUCAAUUGCCUCAAGAGAACGGUAAUAUCUCAUCCUCCCUAGCAAUAACUCGCUUGUCGGAAGAGACUAGCGACAUUCAGACGAUAACUCAACCAGAAAUAGGUCAGUGUCCUAAAGCUAAGGGGCCUCGUGCUACUGGGAGAAAAAAGUUAAAUCCAGAGCGGGUCCAGGCUGAAAGUACCGAUCUUCUUAGGAGUCGGCAGUACUAUCACUCUAAAACAUUACAGCCAAUGACUCUGGAAGAAGUACUGUCUGAUGCGGACAGUGAUGAUGAACAAGAUGAAGAAUUCAAAGAUUUUCUAGAACGCCUGAAACUUGAUCGGUUGGAGGAUGCGACCGAUGAUGAGAAGAGAUUUAUGUGGCUUUGGAACACAUUCAUGAGAAAGCAAAAUGUGUUCGUGGAAAGACAUAUGCAUUGGGCAUGUGAAGAGUUCGUAAAAGUUCAUGCGAAAGAGCUGAUCACUCCUCAACUUAUCUGGCUCUGGAGACUGUUUGCAAUUGAUAUACUGUGUUUAAGAUACGGUCUGAUAAACGCCAAGACCAUGGACAAAUGCAGUAUCAUCCUCCAGAAAGCACAGGAAGAAAAAGAAGCACCAGAAGAAGCGGCGAGAGCAGCAGAACUGGAGGCAGCAGCAGACGCGGAGGCAGCAGAAGAAGAAGCGGAGGCAGCAGAGGCGGCAAAAGCGGCAGCAGCCGCGGCAAAAGCAGCAGCAGCAGCGGCAAAAGCCGCAGCAGCAGCAGCAUCCGCCUGUAAAGCCACAAGAAGAAGCACGAGAACACAGAACAAGAAGAAGAAACAAGAAGCAGCAGCCACCUCUAAAGCUAAUUCUAAUGGCAACGAGCCACAACCUAUGGAACUUGAUGAAGAAGAACAUUAGCCAUGGUGAGCGUCAGAGGAUUCUUCUUUCUGAACUGAGAGAUCAUAACUAUUUUAAAAUUCAGAUACCAUUUCCUUCUUUUCAAAUUAUGUCAAGUAAACUUUUACUUUAAUCUUUAAUAAUCUCAAGGGGUUACAAACUCAAAA